GCGAUGUCUGAAUAGGAAAUAGGCUCCAUUCCAGCAGUCAAACCCUUAAUGAGCUGGCCGUUCCAUAAUCAUUCUAGGGAAGUCCUUCUAGCCUAAGUGGAUUGUCCUUAAUAAGUGCAUAUCAUAAGGGCGGGCAGCAAAGGUUCCUCAAUGACUGACUGCAUAGGUCCACGUACUUUACAUCAUGAUUUAUGCUGUAUAGGGUGUGAUCUCCCAGUGUUGGGUCCGAGACAGUAAGUUUUUUGUGGGUCUAUACGAAGACACUAGAAGAGGCCUUUCUUCCACUAACUCCUGACAAAUGGUUGACUAGUUAUGCUCAUCUUAAGUUAAUGAGGGUGUACGAUUAAGGUUUUGCAUCUACUGUUAAGAAGCUAUUAUCAGCUUUCUCUUAAAAACUCAAGCUUGAUUGACCAGCUAGAACUUCAAGGACCAUCUCCAGAAGGAAGUUGGAUUGGCCUUGAUUUGCCUAACAGCUGCACUUAUGUGUUUAGAACCCUUCACGCUUCCAACUGAACAGCCAAUAGGAGUUGAUAGUGCAGAAACUAAGAUGCAAGCACAAUUCAGAGCAACAGAAACAGCUAUAGACAACAUUCGACCAUUUUGGCCAGUUAUGCAAUAACUUCAUCUUAAAAGAGUGAAGCACGCGCUCCUCAUAACAUCAAUGAAAAGUUAUUAACAAAUUCAACUGUGAGCUAAGCAAUUUAGUUUAAAUUUUAUUUUUUUUGAAUAGUAAAAGAAAAAAAGACAAGAUUUGGAGAUACUAUCGAAAUGUAGCUGUUUUGAUAUCAAUAAUUGCGAGAUUUAACGUCCGUGAUCAAGCACUAAAAAACAUAAGAAGGAGAUUGGUAGUGAUUUAUUUUGUCUUCAGUUGUUGGCGUUUUCGUAACGGUAUGCAGUUCACUUGGUAAUCCACGACUUCAACUAAACAUAUAAUAUACGGCAAGGCAGGAAUCGCCAACAACACGACAAGGCGACUUGCUGAUUUUAGAGAUUUGAAAAUGGUAAAACGACGAAGGUGACUCGUUUGUCAAUCUUGCGCUACCUUAAGAUUCUAAGGCGCAUUUCGUCGAACAUCUCGCCUCAAUCGUCGCUAACAUACAUCCUCUCUUAAUAACCGCAUAUGCUUCAAUUUUAUCAAAUCUCAAUAUGACUAAUGAGCGGUAGUUCACCAAAAAGCAAAAAGAAAAAUGGUGGUGGAGAGGAAAAAACCAUGUCUUUCCCUAGCUUCAGUGUUAGCCUUUUCUCAGUUGUUAGUGAUUGUAUUGGGCGUGCCAAAACAGCUGCAUUUUGGUAAGAAUGGACAGUUCAAGAUACUGCAAGUUGCUGAUAUGCACUUCGCCGAUGGCAAGACUACGCCUUGUUUGGAUGUCUACCCUACUCAAAUGCCUACUUGCUCUGAUCUCAACACUACUGCCUUCAUUAAACGCGUGAUUCGAGCUGAGAAGCCUGAUCUAAUCGUUUUUACUGGGGAUAAUAUCUUUGGAUUUGAUGCCACAGACGCAGCAAAAUCAAUGAAUGCUGCAUUUGCACCUGCAAUAGCAUCAAACAUACCAUGGGUGGCUGUUUUAGGUAACCAUGAUCAAGAAUCUACCCUUUCAAGAGAAGGGGUUAUGAAGCAUAUUGUUGAUCUUAAGAAUACUCUUUCUCGAGUUAAUCCUGUAGAGGCGCAUGUUAUUGAUGGUUUUGGAAAUUAUAAUCUUGAGAUUGGUGGUGUUAAAGGUUCAAGAUUUGAAAAUAAAUCUGUUCUUAAUCUUUAUUUUCUUGAUAGUGGUGAUUACUCAACUGUUCCAUCAAUCCCUGGAUAUGGUUGGAUUAAACCCUCUCAGGAGUUCUGGUUUCAACGCACUUCUCAAAGGCUUCGGAGAGCAUACAUGAGCAAACCUGAGGCUCAAAAAGGACCGGCACCUGGGCUUGUGUACUUCCACAUCCCAUUGCCUGAAUUUGCAAGCUUUGAUUCUUCAAACUUCACAGGGGUGAAACAAGAAAGGAUUAGCUCCCCUUCUGUAAACUCGGGCUUCUUCACAGCUAUGGUGGAGACUGGGGAUGUGAAGGCUGUCUUCACAGGACAUGAUCAUUUGAAUGACUUUUGCGGUCAGUUAAAUGGUAUUCAACUUUGUUAUGGUGGGGGUUUUGGAUAUCAUGCCUAUGGGAAGGCUGGAUGGUCAAGGAGGGCUAGGGUCGUGAUUGCAUCUUUGGAGAAAUCUCAACAGGGAGAGUGGGGUGCUGUCAAGUCUAUCAAAACAUGGAAACGCCUUGAUGAUCAUAAUUUUACUGCUAUAGAUGGUCUAGCCCUCUGGAGCAAGGGCCCUGCAGGAGCUCGUAGAAGGAAACAAAUUGGCCGUAAUUGAGUAGUAGCACAUGAGACAGUUUACCACAUCGAUAGCCAACAACUUGACUAAAGGAGAUAUGUUCUGAAUCUUGUUAGUCAGGAAUGUUUUGCACAUUGUAACAUCUUUAGUAGACUGAGGUAUAUGUAUCCUUGAAGUGUCAAAACAAGGAAAGUGAUUUUUGAGAAUCAAUAGGUAAUAAUCUUUAUGGAAAGACCAAAGAUUUGAUUAAUAAAAUGUUAUGGCUUGUGGGUGUA